AUGUCCGUCCUUGGGAUGCUGCUCUCGCUCCUGCUGCUGACCUCGUCACUGCAGCAGCCAACGUCAUCACACUCGGUGUCGAAAGAUAUUGAAAACCAUGCUGAUAGAGACAAAAUGCGUAUGGCAGAUGUGAUCCUGUCCUCCCUGAAUGCAUCCACCACCUGCCUGGAGAAGAAGAAGAAUCUCAUUCUGGACGACGUGAGUUAUCUCCGAAUUCUGCAAGCGUAUGUCAAAGGUGUUAAGGAGCCAUGGGCCAAGAACCCCGUGAUGGAGCCAGUAAUCAAAAGGAUGGAGACGUUUUCCAUGAAGCUGGAUGAGCUUCUCAACAGAAGCAUUUCUCACCUGAACAAGGCUUCAUUUAGCAACCCCAAUGAAGUAGAACUGAUCAUCCAGGAAGAUUUCUGGAAGGUUCCUCAAGAUUUGCUCCUUACCCAUGACACAAUGAUCAGUGUUUUAGGCAUCCUAGAACCUCUGAAAGCGAAUAUACGCAAGGAAUGCUUAGUGAAUCUAUUGCAAAGCAGCAGUCACCCUGAGUCUUGCACGUACUCAGACGUCUGCAGGUACGUAGUGACCAAGUCUGUCAACACACACAGCCAGAGAAUCUUCCAGCUGAUGUACUUCCUUUUCUCCAAAAUGAUUGGAUGCACAAAUGGGAUGUUCGCAAACACACAAGAGUACCUGAACUUCUUCUGUAUUGGCUUGAUGAUAGAUAAUAAUGAAACUGAAAGCAGGAAAUACCACAGUUCCUUCCGCGAUGACUUUUUGGAAAACAUCAUGCUGUGUGGAAUUGCUGGAUUCUUUGAUUUUUACAAAUCCCACUGGUUUGUGAAUAUCCUUCGCUGGCAAAAGCCUAGAGAUGGAUGCUUCAACACUGAUGAUUCCUCUCUCCACGGUACUUCUCUUGCGAGUGCUGCCCUAGGUGGCUUCCUAUAUGCCCUGGAAAAGUACCCACAAGCGUACGGACAUCUACCCGACCUACAGAGACAAUUACCAAGGUUAAACUUCCCUUGA